CACUGCGCAUGCGUGGCUCAGGGAGUGUGCAGCGAGGCGAUCUCCGGUUCGCUGUGUCCCUCUGACACAGCGGAUCACAGAAAGAGCCGAAGAUGUCGGCUCGGUCAUGUGAUCAGCUGUGUCCAAUCACAGCUGAUUACAUGGCACUGAUGAUCAGUGUGCCCUGAUGAUCAGUGUGGUCCCAGAAGUGCCACCUGUCAGUGCUCAUCAGUGCCAGUGCCCAUCGGUGCCAUGUGCCAGUGCCCAUCAGUGCCACAUCAAUGCCACAUAUCAGUGCAUACCAGUGCACAUCAAUGCCACAUAUCAGUGCCCAUCUGAGCUGCCUUUCAAUGUCACCCAUCAGUGCCAGUCAGUGCCGCUUAUCAAUGCCAAUCAGUGCCACCUAUCAGUGCCAGUCAGUGUCGCCUAUCAGUGCCAGUCAGUG